UUCAGCACUUGUCUAUUGAUCAGAAAUCAUGUCAGGAAGAGGCAAAGGAGGAAAAGGUCUUGGAAAGGGGGGCGCCAAGCGUCACAGGAAAGUCCUUAGAGAUAACAUCCAGGGUAUUACCAAGCCCGCCAUCCGUCGUCUUGCACGUAGAGGUGGAGUCAAACGUAUCUCUGGACUCAUUUACGAGGAGACCCGUGGUGUGUUGAAAGUUUUCCUUGAGAACGUGAUUCGUGAUGCUGUCACCUACACCGAGCACGCCAAGAGAAAGACAGUCACAGCCAUGGAUGUUGUCUACGCCCUCAAGAGACAGGGACGCACCCUUUACGGAUUCGGUGGUUAG